CUCAGCCAGGGGCGUUCCAGCCGUCUGCCUGGCGCACCUUGUCUUGCGAUGAAGAGAUCUUUCGAUGCCGCAGUCGGAGGAUUGGCAGGUGGCCCUCCAAAGGCUCCCCGAACCGUGGGGAUGGCCAUUAAGAUGCUGGUGGACCCCAAAGAAGCCGGAACUUUGAUUGGCAAAGGUGGUGCCACGCAGAAGCAGAUUGCGGAAAGUACUGGGUGCAGACUACAUUUGAGCGGUUUUGGUGAGCUCUACCCUGGAACCCAGUUGCAAGAAGUAUGCAUAAAGGCGGACAGCACGGAGAUGGUGUCCCACGGCGUCAUGUCAGUUUUGACCAAGCUCGCGGAAGAGAGCGGCGGCAAGGUGAAUGGUGGCGAAUGGGAGGUUGAGGAUGGAGGUGCCAGAGUACACUUCAUCGUUCCAACUCAGUCAGCCCGAGCCAUCAUUGGGAAAGGUGGUGAGAAUGUGAAAGCCUUGCGGGAGGCUUCGGGCAUGCAGGUCCACGUGGAGGAUAUGGUCCUGGGGGAGCGGGACACUGCGGAACAAGUGGUGUCCCUCGCGGGACCAACGUCGCAGAUUCAGUUGGCCUUGCCCAUGAUCCUGGAGAAGGUUGAGGAGCUUUCAGGGCAGCCAUGGUUCGCGAACUGGGCCUUCAGCUGUCUAGCUGCGAAAGGUGGAGGAAAGGGCAAAGGCGGCAUGGCCAACAUGGGCGGCAUGGGCAUGUCUCCAAUGAACGGUGGGAAAGGUGAUGGGAAAAGCAAAGGUAAAGGUGCCAUGGGGAUGUCCAUGGCUGGAAUGGGUGGCAUGGGUGGCAUGGGUGGCAUGGAUUACGGCAAGGGUGGCAAGGGCAAGGGACAGGACGGCUACGGCGCCGCGACCCAGUCCAACAUCGACAUGCUGUCGAAUGCUGUGUCCCAGCUGCCACCCAGCCUAGCAUCCGACAGAUCCCAGGCAUUGCAAUUCAACUGUCAGGCGGAGUUUGUGAGUGCGCUGAUUGGCAAGGCCGGUCAAGGCACAAAGCAAAUUGCCAUCAUGACGGACACCAAAAUUAUGAUUCGGGAGAUUGAAGGGAAUACCACCGAAAAGGCGGUGGUUGUGAAGGGCAAUGCCAUUAAUGUCGCAUCGGCUUACUUACAUCUCGCUAGCCGCCUGUCACAAAUCAUGGCAACCGCGACUCCCGAUGCCGGAGCCCCUUCAUUGGCAAUGGCAUAUUCUUGAGAUGGAGAGCUGCUUUAAGGUCCGGGCAGGUUACGUUUAGCUAUGGUCCUGGCUGUCGGAACGUUGGCAUAAGAAGUGCCAAGCGCAUUGUAAGACUACAGUGCAAGCUGCCAAUGUGGCAAACCGCAGAGGCGGAGAAUUUCACAGGACAUUGCCAGUUUGCAAUGAAGCCAGCCAUGAUGGGAUCAUG